GACUUAACACGAGGAAAUGAGGUACUCUUAGCAGAUGAGAUCUUUGACAAAAACUUGUUGACUACGAGGAGCUCUACCUCAUGUCUUACAACUCCACUUUUGUGUUUCCAACAUGUAGUACCCCGAGCUGAAGCCAUAAAGCAAUUUCAAAAACAAAAAUACACGGAGAAUAAAAACACAAUGGAAGCACAACUUCAAAUCCUUUGUUCGACUUUUUAAUCACUUCUGGAAGAAGCAGCAGGAGGCUGGAAAAGAAAAAGGUUAUUAAGAGGGCCUGUUCAAAAGAACGAAACCCGCCGCAGCGCUGAUCUGAGCGAUGAAGUGUCAAUUAACAAGCCCCGCCUCUCCCCCUUUGCAGCCGCUGCUAUACCUGCCCCGAGGUAAGGGGGUGAGAAGGAAGCUGAAUCGAGAAUCAAAGAAAUAGAGAAAAAGUGGGGUCAGGGGCUGGAAGUGAAACUGGUACACUGGUGGAAUGAGAAGAAGGCGUGGCAGGGGAGCGGCAAGCCAACCGGGAAGAUUCCUGGGCCGACGAGACUCACGCAAGGUGUUCGGGGGACGAGGGAAAACCUGAAGGGGUGUUGGGGUUAAGAGCGGCCAGCGCUUUGAUGACAGCUAGGACUCGGUCUCCGACUGGCAGAGGCGGGGGAGCCCCGGGAGUCUUCCAUUGUGCGCGCCCCUCCGCUCGUACCCUCCCCGCCCCUCCCCUCCCCGCGCGAACGGGAGCCCGAGCCCCCACGGGAGCUCGAGCCCGAGCCCUCUCUGGUCCGGGCCGCCGCACCCGUCGCCGCCUGUACCUCCCAUUUGCCCAAGGUUGAAGAGAAUAUGCUCAGCCCUCCUCCGACCCGUUCUCACCGGAUGAAGAUCGACGUCGCCCGGCCUUCCCCUUGUCCAUCUUCUCUUCCUCCUGCUGGAGUCGCAGUUGCUGUCGCUGUCACCUCAAGACCCCUCAGGCUGGGGAAGAGAGGGGGAGGGGAGGGGGGGAAGGAAAGCCAGGAAAGUAUGAACAGCGCUUGCGCAAGAGCCGUCGCCUGCCCUCAGACCGGAAAUCAGCUGCCCCUCCCACCUCACCCGGAAAUCACUUCCUGGGACUUGUUUUCUCUGCGGGUUGCCACCUCGAAUGCCUAUUUAGUGUGGUUACCAGUUACUCGGGAGCUGAGCUUCCAAAAAUUUAUUGAACAAUCUGACUUACUAGAAGAACUUAAAUAUGACUUCAAUGAAAAAGCUGAAUUGAGACACACUGAGACACAAAGGCCUUUUGUUUUUAACUAUUAUAAAAAUGUCUUUGAGAGGAACAGCAAGCGCUACCAGGCCCUUGGCUACUUGCUUGAACAAUAUAUUUAUGAGCUUUUGGAGAAAGUAUGCAAAUUACAAAAAGUAUAUAUCCCACCAGAGGCUGAUAAAGAACCAAGAAGCUUCUUUUUCAUGAGUGAGAGAGCAUUAACAAGUCAUCGUUCUGUUCUUCUUGUUCUUCUUCAAGACCAAGGAGUCUUUAGAGCUGGUCAGUGGAGUCAGCAGGCAAUAAUACAUCAUGGUCUCCAACAUGGAAGUCAGAUACCAUGUAUUCAAAUGGCAUUGCAGGCACAUUAUGAUGUAAUUGUGCUAAACCCCAAUGACAAUUUCAUCGACCUAAACAUGGAAGAAGAGCAGAAAGGCCUUUUAACACAAACUAAGGGGUCAUCGUCCCUAAAAAUGGUUCCAGCAGAGAACUUUUUAUCUGUCCAGCAACCUCUCCAGUGCACCCCUAAAAGAUGCAGCAACACUCCUGAAGAACACAUGGCUUACAUUUGGGAUUACUUCAUUUCAAAGACUGAAGGCAAGGAUGUUGCCUUCAUUGUACAUGGUUACGGAGGCUUGGUUUUUAUGGACUUACUUGUUCGUAAAAAGUGGGAAGUGAUGAACAAAGUAUAUGCUGUUGCCUUUAUUGACUCUGAACAUCAUGUAGGACACCAGCUGGGAAGUGAUGUUCAGUUAUUGGCCUGGAUAAAGCACCACUGCCGUGAAUGGGUGACAAGCCCUAAGCCUUUGGAUAAACCUGCAGCUACUGUUUUAAAACAGGAGUUCCCUAUGGUUUCUGCUGGUACAGAAAAACACAACUUAGCCCCUUCCUCUAGCCUUCAGUCAAUUUUUAAAUACUUUAAAAAAGCUUUGAAAGCCAAAACAACUAUUAAUUUUUCUCGAGUGCCAAUAGUAACUAGAAGCUCCACAAAAAGAAAGCAAAUUGCUUAACUUACUUUUUUGUCACCUAAGAUUUUUUUGUCCCACUGAAAUGCUGUGAAUGUAGAUGCUAGAAGAAAAAGAAUACUCUGCAGUAUUAUGUUAUGAAAAGAAUAUACACAGUGUUAUAUUCUGGCUUGAGGUUUGAUUUGUUACUUUUUUUGAAAAGUGAAUAUGUUCUUUUUUUUAGCCUAUUGAUAAGCUGGGCAUCAGUCAACGCCAUCAUUAAUAUUUUACAGUAUUAGUCAAGUUAGAGGAUCUUUUGAAAACCUCUCUUAUGUUUUAAUAGAAUGACACCAAAACUGCAGUUGAUAGAAAUUAAACACUAAGUCAGUCUUCAGUUUCUAUGUUGUUAAUGCCAUACUAAAAUUACAAGUGAACAUAAAAAUGAUUAUAAAGUCCA